CUACUCUAGGAGCUGUGUUUGGCUUAACUACCUGCCUCAGUGCAGAAAUCCGAGAGGAACCAGAGGAUCCCUUGAACUAUUUCAUAGGAGGCUGUGCAACAGGAGCUGUCUUAGGUGCAAGAGCUCACAGUUACAUGACCGGUACCACUGCAUGUUUGGGGUUUGGAAUUACCGCUGCUCUAAUGAAGAUAGGUAACAAGGAGGGCUGGAGGCUGGCGGGACCUCCCAAGCUGUAA